GGGGCAGGGACCUAAAAGGCAGCCCAGCCCAUCCCUGACGCAGGGAAGAGGCCGCCCCUCCCGAUUCAAAAGCUUCCCCCGCCAGGCGUGCAACAACCCCGGCUUUCUCGGCCAAGCCAGCUCCGGUCCUGCGCUGGCUGCUCUUCGCAAGCUCCGGCGCUGCAGGGAUGGAUGUUUCCAAAGCCACCAAAUUUUUUGUCUCGACGGGACGUCGGAUCAUCACCAUUGGCUUUGCCUUGCUCAUAUUAUCAGUGCUGGCAUGGGCCUACAUUAAGGGCAUCCAGCUGGUCUCUGACCAAUACCACAUCAUGGCCUUUGGCCUCUACGGAGCCUUCCUCACCUUCCACCUCAUCAUCCAAAGCUUCUUUGCUUUCCUGGAGCACAAGAGGAUGCGGAGGGACUCGCUGGCGUGCAGCUACACCAAGUCGGUGGCCCUCACCAUCUCUGCUUAUCAGGAGGACCCAGCCUACCUCCGCGAGUGCCUUCAAUCAGUCAAGGCAACCCUGUAUCCCCCAGAGAAACUCCGGAUCAUCAUGGUGGUGGAUGGGAACAGCAAUGAGGACCGAUACAUGAUGGAUAUGUUCCGAGAAGUCUUCGCUGGAGAAGACGUGGGCACUUUUGUUUGGGAGAACAACUACCACCAUCAACCUCAAUUGGAUAUGGAGAAAGAGGGCAGUGGUUACCAAACUGGGGAUGAGCCUUCUGCCUACACCGAGAUUGAUAUGGAAGAUCCCGGACAACUGGUGGUGGAAGAACUGAUCCGCACCAAGAGAUGUGUCUGCAUCAUGCAAAAAUGGGGUGGGAAGCGAGAAGUCAUGUACACGGCUUUCAAGGCCCUUGGGAAUUCAGUCGACUACGUUCAGGUAUGUGACUCUGACACCAAGUUGGAACCGGAAGCAACGGUAGAACUGGUGAAGGUGCUGGAGUCCAACGAACGCUAUGGGGCCGUUGGGGGAGAUGUCAGGAUCCUCAACCUUUCCGACUCCUACAUCAGCUUCAUGAGCAGUCUGCGCUACUGGAUGGCUUUCAACAUUGAGCGGGCCUGCCAGUCCUAUUUCAACUGUGUCUCCUGUAUCAGUGGUCCCUUAGGUCUGUAUCGGAAUGACCUCCUACAGCAGUUUCUGGAAUCCUGGUACAAUCAGAAGUUCCUUGGCACACACUGCACCUUUGGAGAUGAUAGACACCUCACCAACAGGAUGCUGAGCAUUGGCUAUGCCACCAAAUACACAGCUCGUUCCCGCUGCUACUCGGAGACCCCGUCCUUAUUCCUACGUUGGCUGGCUCAGCAAACCCGUUGGACCAAGUCAUACUUCCGGGAAUGGCUCUACAACGCCCUCUGGUGGCACCGGCAUCACCUCUGGAUGACUUACGAGUCGGUAGUCUCCGGCAUCUUCCCUUUCUUCGUCACGGCCACGGUCCUGCGGCUCUUCUAUGGGGGGAACCUGUGGGACGUGCUGUGGGUCUUGCUUUGCGUCCAGCUGGUGGCCUGUGUGAAGGCCCUUUACGCUUGUUGGCUGAGAAGCAACCCGGUCAUGCUCUUCAUGUCCCUCUACGCCGUCCUCUACAUGGGAGGUCUACUUCCGGCCAAGUAUUUCGCCAUCUUGACUAUGAACAAGAGCAGCUGGGGGACCUCUGGAAGGAAGAAAAUGGUCGGCAACUACAUGCCUCUGCUACCUGUUUCCAUCUGGGGUCUUCUUCUGUUGGGAGGCCUGGUCUACACUAUCUACCAAGAAGCCUUGGCUGACUGGACGACAGAAGCCAAACAAGCAGAGAUCUUGUAUUUGCUGGCCGGUUUGGCCAUCUACUUGGGCUAUUGGACUUUCAUGGUCAUGCUUUACUGGGUAUGGAUUCGGAAGUGUUGCCGGAAACGAAUGGACCUCUACAGCCUGGAGGUAUGAGCAGGAAAGAGGGCGAAGAUCUCCAGAUUCCUAGAUUCCCAUCUAAGCUGUAGCGGUACGGAGCAGCUUAACCGAAGGAUCUUCCAGGGUCAGAACUAAAAGAGUUUCUAAUUCAAAAUGGUGGGGGGGGGAAGCCGAAUCUUCCCCUCUCUUGAGUCUUUUAAACUCAAGGUGUCUCUUGUUCAGGCUGAAGUUUUAGACUCCUUGGUUCUCUUCGCGAAUCCAGGGUGGAGCCAGAUGAUGGUACAGGAGUUGUGAGGCGGAGGGGAAGGUCUCUGUGUUUGUGAGUGUGCUGCUCAGGGAGGGUAUUUAUUUUAUCCAGCAAAACGUGAGAGGGGGUACCUUGCUUGUCCUCUCGGUUCUCCUGUCCUGAUGAAUGUUUUCCGACCUGAAAUUUAUUUAUUACUGCUAAGUCUUCUCCAUUCCAGGGGUACUUCUAGUACCCAGGUACUUUUUUGACUCGCGACCACCUCUCGGAUAGAGCCACCGGGUGAUGCCACCACACGAGGGGGUGGACUGCACAGGGGACUUAUCGAAUUGCACUGAAAUGCUGGUGCCACAGCCACUGAAGACCAAGAUGGGAAUGUUGCGUCCAUCGCUCACCCGUUGAAGUUCUCCUGAGGUUCUCCUCAGGAGAAAAGGCCAUGCUGAGGAAAAAACGGGGGAGCAAAACCCUCGCUUUACCGGAAGCUAAGAUCAGACU